UUUUUUUUUUUUUUUUUGGUUCUUUUUCUCGGAGCUGGGGACCGAACCCAGGGCCUUGCGCUUCCUAGGUAAGCGCUCUACCACUGAGCUAAAUCCCCAGCCCCAGAAUAAAACUCUUUGUGUUUACAUACUAUGAGUUCAGGGUGUCAUGGACCCUUAUCAGCUCAAUAGCUUUUAAGUUCUUUUAACUUAAAUUUUUUUUCUUUUUUUCUUUUUUUUUUUUUCGGAGCUGGGGACCGAACCCAGGGCCUUGCGCUUUCUAGGCAAGCGCUCUACCACUGAGCUAAAUCCCCAACCCCUUAACUUAAAUUUUAAUUAUUUCUGUACACAUAGAGUGCAGUUGCCCAUGGAAACCAGAGGAGUACGUUAGGUCCCCUGGAAUGACAGGGUUUGUGUGGCGUGGGUGAUUGAAAACCUAAAAAGGGAGCAGUAUGCAUUUUUUACCACGGAACCAUCUCCUCAGUCCUAUUUUUAUUAUUUUUUUAUUCACUUUACAUCCCGCUCUCUGUCCCCUUCCAGGUCAGCCUUUCCCACAAUCCUUCCCCCCUCCCCGCCUCUAAGGGAGUGGGCUCCAGCCCAAAUCCGUACCCCCACAUUGCCCAUUUUUAGUUUAAAGUCUGAAAAUAACUCAUUUGUAUACAACUUCAGCUGCUGGCGGGAUGGGUUUAAAAAUACUACCCAGCUGUUACUCUUGCUUCCGCUUUGGUAGCAGCAACAGUUGGAUUUGAAUUUGCCUAGUUACCAUUGCGGUUUGAGUGUAAACACAACAGAGCAGCGCGGUACCGCGACCCCUCCCCACUUCCUCCUCGCUCAAGCACGGCGCGCCCACUGAGCCCCGCCCAGGGCCCGCCCCCAUCCCCUAUUGGUUCAGGAGGCGGUGCCGGGCGCGCGCGCUCGGAUGCCCGGAUGGCCCUUGGCUUCCGGUGCUCUGCCCGCGGACCAUAGAGGGCGCUCGUCACGGAACUCUGCUUUGUUAACGGGGCCUCCGAAGCCGGGGUAGCCUAGGAGCGGCCGCGUUCUACGUCAGGAGCCGCUGUCGCUUCGCUCGACCUCCCGAGCGAAAUGGUCUCUCAAGUCCCGGCCACCGGGCCUCCGCGCUCCCCAUGAAGGGUCGGAGGCCGCGCGGGGAGUAGCAGCGGUCUGCAGGCGAGCGGAGACGGACACACCGGGGACCUCUCCGACCACCGUGCUUCUGCUGCGCGCCUCCAGGCCAAUGUGCAAUACCAACAUGUCUGUGUCUACCGAGGGUGCUGCAGGCACCUCACAGAUUCCAGCGUCGGAACAAGAGACUCUGGUUAGACCAAAACCAUUGCUUUUGAAGUUGUUAAAGUCUGUUGGAGCACAAAAAGAUAUUUACACUAUGAAAGAGAUUAUAUUUUAUAUUGGACAGUAUAUUAUGACUAAAAGAUUAUAUGAUGAGAAGCAGCAGCACAUUGUGUAUUGCUCAAAUGAUCUCCUAGGAGAUGUGUUCGGAGUCCCAAGUUUCUCUGUGAAGGAGCACAGGAAAAUAUAUGCAAUGAUCUACAGAAACUUAGUGGUUGUAAGUCAACAAGACUCUGGAACAUCGCCGAGUGAGAGCAGAUGUCAGCCUGAAGGUGGGAGUGACCUGAAGGACCCCGUGCAAGCAUCACAAGAAGAGAAACCUUCAUCUUCUGAUGUAGUUUCUAGACCAUCUACCUCAUCUAGAAGGAGAGCAAUUAGUGAAACAGAAGAGAACACAGAUGAACUACCUGGGGAACGACAGAGGAAGCGCCACAGAGCCCUGUCCUUUGAUGAGAGCCUGGGUCUGUGUGUGCUCAGGGAGAUAUGCUGUGAAAGAAGCAGCAGCAGCGAGGCCACAGACACCCCCUCACAUCAGGAUCUUGAUGAUGGCGUAAGUGACCAUUCUGCUGAUUGCCUGGAUCAGGAUUCAGUUUCUGAUCAAUUCAGUGUAGAAUUUGAAGUUGAGUCUCUUGACUCAGAAGAUUACAGCCUGAGUGAUGAAGGGCAUGAGCUCUCAGAUGAGGAUGAUGAGGUCUAUCGGGUCACAGUCUAUCAGGCAGGAGAAAGCGAUGCAGACUCUUUUGAGGGAGAUCCUGAAAUUUCCUUAGCUGACUAUUGGAAAUGCACCUCGUGCAAUGAAAUGAAUCCUCCCCUUCCAUCACACUGCAACAGAUGUUGGACCCUUCGUGAGAACUGGCUUCCAGACGAUAAGGGGAAAGAUAAAGUGGAAAUUUCUGAAAAAGCCAAACUGGAAAGCUCAGAUCAGGCAGAAGAAGGCUUAGAUGUGCCUGAUGGCAAAAAAGUGACAGAGGAUGAUGCUAAGGAGUCAUCUGCUGAGGAUAGCGAGGAAAAAGUGGCCCAGAUGCUCCUGUCACAGGAGAGUGACGACUAUUCCCAGCCGUCGACUUCCAGUAGCAUUGUUUACAGCAGCCAAGAAAGUGGCAAAGAGUUGAAGGAGGACACACAAGACAAAGAGGAAAGUAUGGAAUCCAGCUUCUCUCUGAACGCCAUCGAGCCAUGUGUGAUUUGCCAGGGGCGGCCUAAAAAUGGUUGCAUUGUUCACGGCAAAACCGGACACCUGAUGUCAUGUUUCACGUGUGCAAAGAAGCUAAAGAAGAGGAAUAAGCCCUGCCCCGUGUGCAGACAGCCGAUCCAAAUGAUUGUGCUCACGUACUUCAACUAGACGGCGGGCAGACGCAGACCUUUACACUUCUAAUGUAUGACCCCCAAAUUAGACAACAUGGGUAUUAUUUUCAUACAUUAAAGCCGGAGCAUUGUCUUAGUCUACAUAAAGUUCAUUUGUAAUUUAUCCUCGAGAGUAAGAAUAGUAACUGUUUUCUUCCUUUUAGGAAAAUUUCAGUUGAUUAUUUUAUAUUUGUGUUUUAACGUAAUUUGCAUUAGCUCUUUUCAUUUUCCUUACGUUUUAAGUAAUCUCCACUUGGAAGGACUUUUGAAAGUAUACUUUAUACAGUGAGAAGUCCUCUCCAUCUCUGUCUCUUGGAGAUAAUGAUAGGCUAUCGAAUUGUGCUUGAUUUCCUUUUUUUUCCUUGUUAAUAUUUAAUUUAUUUAGUAUCUUUCAUGUAAAGAGUUAAAGACUAUGUGAAGGAUUGAGUGUAUAUUUAAGUUAUUGAAAUUCUGAACCUCCUUAGUUCUCUUAAGUGGGGGUUGUGGGCUGCAGAGAAGAGUCAGCCGGUAAAGGCGCCCACUGUGUAUGCCUAAUGACACACAUUUGAUCCUUGCAACGCCCAGAAAGAGAGAACCAGUUCCACAAAGUAGUUCUCGGAUCUCCAAAUGGAUUCAUAUACACACUUUUUUUUUUUUUUAAGGUCUGAGUUGCAUCUGGUGAUACAUAAGUGAAAACACACACCUUGUUUUCCAGCUUUUUGUCAUAUGGGGUGUGGCACGAGUGUUGCAGUCUGUCCCAGGUUGAAAAAGUCUGUGGCCCUUCGAAGCACCUUCAUGGCCCGCUCCAUGGUUCCUGAUGGCUGUUGAAGUUUCAGGCCUGUACUUAGUCUAGGUUAGAAACCAGUCCAUUCAGAAAGACUAAAUCAGAGCAUGGAUGAAGUGGAUCCUCCAACCGUGUAGAUGAGUCUCUUGAUUCAUAAUAAGAAUCUUCCAUUUUAAUUGAAGGGUCAUGCCUAAGUGUAGAAAACAAGUUCCCUAACUGUAUGGAGUAACCAAAGGAUAGUUCUGUAUUGAAGUUGACUUAAAGUAUCAAAGAUCACUCCCCACAUGAUUUAGCAGUUAAGUCGGAGGCAGCGCCUCAGCCUGGGCAUCCUAACUCUGGACUUUGAUUCCCCAUUUACAAUGUAAUACUGAGGUUAUAUCCUAGUAUUACUAGUUCUUAAAUGUUUAUUUAGGUGUGGUAGACAUACAUUAUUUAUUUGCAAAUAAAUGGUUUAUUGAAUUGUUUCAA